AUGAAGCAAGCCGUAGAGUUCAUGAUGAAAGCAGACGAGGCGCUUAGAAAGUUGAGUUCUGCAUCAGCGUAUGCGGAUUGGAAUUGGAAAGUGAACCUCACGGAUCAUAACCGCGAAAUAAAGGAUAACACUUCGGAUGAAGCAACCGAAUACUUAAAGAAAAUAUAUGAUGUUGCUCGCAAUUAUUCAUGGCAGUCUUACAGAGAAAAAAAUUACACUUUGUUCCGGUGGUUCGAGUUGGUGGCCAAGGGACUGGCACAAGGAGCUCCUGGAUUAUAUUCUUCAAAGCAAAAAAUUGCAGAUCCGUAUUCAAAGAUGUCGGAAAUUUUUGGCAAAGCUAAAGUUUGCCCACCUGAAGGAUCAACAGGGAAAUGUGUUAGUGAUGUGGAAAAAGUAUUUGAAACUACCAGAGAUCCAAAGAUACUAAAACAUUUCUGGUUGGAAUUCAGAAAACAAACUGGAGAAAAGUAUAAAGAUCUUUUUUUAGAAGCCAUAAAAGAGGAAAAUACUGAUGCAAACGAUUUUGGAUACAAAAACAUGGCGCAACUUAAUACAGCUCGGUAUGAAGAUAAAGAUUUCCUGAAAAAUAUGGCCGAAGAAAUGAAAAAAAUUCAACCCUUUUACAAGCAAAUACACGCAUACGUAAGGAAGAAAUUAAAAAUGCAUUAUAAACGUGAAAAUAUCAAAAGCGAUGGGCCUAUUCCAGCUCAUCUUCUUGGCGAUAUGUACGCUCAGCAAUGGAGUAACAUCUUUAAUAUUGUGAAGCCAUAUCCGGGUUAUAGUGGACGCCCUAACGUAACCAAAGCUAUGCACAAGAAGAAAUUAGCACCGAUCGAUAUGUUCAUAAUUGCGGAGAAAUUUUUCACAUCAAUCGGUCUGAAAGCAAUGACACCUCGGUUUUGGCACUUUUCUAUGAUAGAGAAACCAGUGGGAAAGGACGCAGAUUGCCAUGGUGCAUCUUAUGACUUCUACGAAAAAGAAGACUACAGGAUCGGAGUGUGUUCCCAAGUGAACGCAUUUGAUCUAGACGUUAUCCAUCAUGAAAUGGGUCAUAUCGAAUAUUUCAUGCAUUAUAGUCAUCUACCUUUUCUGUUUCGGGAUUCUGCUAAUCCAGGAUUUCACGAAGCUAUAGGCGAUGCUAUAUUACUCUCUUCCAUGACACCUACUUAUUUAACAAAAAUUGGCCUCCUAAAAAGGAAUAAUGUCAGAAAAAGAUAUGAAUCCACUAUUAACUAUCUAAUGCAGACGGCUUUAAACUAUGCUGUGACACUUCCUUAUGACUACAUAAUAGAUUACUGGAGAAAUAAAGUGUACGAAAGAAUUAUUAAGGAUACAGAAUUGAACAAGAAGUAUUGGCUGUAUAGGUAUCAGUUUCAAGGUGUUUGCCCGCCUACCAGAAGAACAGAGAAAAAUUUUGAUAUUGGUGCAAAAUGGCACAUUGCAGGUGGUGUAGAAUAUUUCAGGUAUUACGUGGCAAACAUAUUUCAAUUUCAGAUUCACAAAAUUCUUUGUGAAAAAGCUAACCACACUGGACCUCUGCAUGAGUGUAAUAUUUAUAAAAACAAAAAAGCUGGACAAGCAUUUGCGAAAUUUCUGUCCCAAGGAAAGUCAAAGCAUUGGAAAAUAUUGUUACGGUCAUUUUCAGAUGGAAAAUUUACAAAAUUAGAUGCUUCUGCAAUGUUGGAAUACUUCGAGCCUCUUAUGAAGUGGCUGAAGAAAAAGAAUGCGAGGGAAUACAUUGGAUGGAAAAGUGACGAUCCAAUGUCUUGUCCUGGAGAUGAAGAAGGUUCAAAAGGUGGUAGCGACACUACAGAUCCUACGACCAAAGGUUCUAUCACAACAAACUUUCCCAGAGGAACCUCUUCCACAAGUGUCCCUCCCACUGUAGUCUCUUCCACAAGUGUCCCACCCACUGUAGCCUCUUCCACAAGUGUCCCACCCACUGUGGCCUCUUCCACAGGUGUCCCACCCACUGUGGCCUCUUCCACAAGUGUCCCACCCACUGUGGCCUCUUCCACAAGUGUCCCACCCACUGUAGCCUCUUCCACAAGUGUCCCUCCCACUGUAGCCUCUUCCACAAGUGUCCCUCCCACUGUAGCCUCUUCCACAAGUGUCCCACCCACUGUGGCCUUUUCCACAAGUGUCCCACCCACUGUGGCCUCUCCCACAAGUGUCCCACCCACUGUGGCCUCUUCCACAAGUGUCCCACUCACUGUCGCCUCUUCCACAAGUGUCCCUCCCACUGUAGCCUCUUCCACAAGUGUCCCUCCCACUGUAGCCUCUUCCACAAGUGUCCCACCCACUGUAGCCUCUUCCACAAGUGUCCCACCCACUGUGGCCUCUUCCACAAGUGUCCCACCCACUGUGGCCUCUUCCACAAAUGUCCCACCCACUGUGGCCUCUUCCACAAGUGCCCCACCCACUGUAGAUUCUUCCACAAGUGUCCCUCCCACUGUAGCCUCUUCCACAAGUGUCCCACCCACUGUAGACUCUUCCACAAGUGUCCCAAACACUGUAGCCUCUUCCACAAGUGUCCAACCCACUGUAUCCUCUCCCACAACAGUUCAAGCUUAA